AUGCUUGGGCGAAUUCCUGCCUCCCAAUGGGGUGGAAUGGCGGCGUCUUACUUCGGUCUUCAGGAGCACGAGAUUGAGGUUCCCGCCGCCAUUCGUGCGAUGAUUCGACGCGAGCCACCGCCACCUCCGCCUGGCUAUCCUCCUCCUCGUGGCUGA